AUGCUUUCUUCGAGACCCUCCGUUCAAGCAAACCAAACGAAAAGCUACUAUCAUGCUAUCUUUGAAAACAACCCUGAUCAACGCUAUGCUAUCUCUGAUACGGAGCCCCUUUUGAUUGAUGGCGACAAUCCUGAACGCCACUAUUCAUUUCAGCAGCUACGCCAACAUGUUCUCACUUUUUCAGCUGUAUUGCGAGAUGAACAACCUUUCAAUGUGAAACGAGGAGACCUUAUUACUCUGUAUGUUCCUAACGAUAUCGAUUUCAUGGUUGCCAUGCAUGGUAUCAUGGCUGCAGGUGCGAUUGCUGCAGGUUUGCCUAUUGAGUGUAAAUCAAGCCAAGAAGUGGCAGACCUUUGCAAACAAGCUUGCCCGACACUAGCAGUGGUGCAUGCAUCAACCCUUGAAACCAUGAAAGAUGCGCUUGCUGCGUGCAUGAUGACUGACAUUAAAAUCGUGGUGAUUGGCCAAGACGCCAAACAUGAUCCAAAGAAUGGCAUCCACUCCCUUCACAAGCUUAUAGAGCAACCACGUGGCGAUGCUGAAGCCAUGGUGAUGGAUCCCAAAGAGAUUGCAUUCACCAUUUCUACAUCCGGUACAACUGGUCCAUGUAAGCUGGCUGCUAUUUCACAUGGUGUUGCUGCAUCACGUAUAGACUUCGUGUCCUCACGUCCACUGAUUACGAACAAGGCACACAGCUAUAUGCCAUGUCGGUCUAUGAGCCUUCUUUCUGCUAAUGCAAUCACCAACUUAGGGAUCCAACAGCGUGCACGUGCUCUUGUGUGCAAGAUACCUCUUUCCUUUGAGAAAAUGUGUGCCUUGAUCGAAAAUUUCAAAGUUGAGAAUACGUUGGCAUCCUUGUGGACGUUGCACGAUUUUAUACAGAGUUCAAUGGUAGACAAGUAUGAUUUGUCGUCGCUGAAGGGUAUCUUCUCUGGAGGUCAGCAUGUCUCAGUUGCUGUGAUGGAAGCUGUAAAAGCUCGUGUCAAUGCCGACGUCAAUGUCAAUUAUGGAUCCACUGAAAGCUGGUCAGUCCUUUCCAGGUCAACAGCUGAUGCUACUCAUAAAGGAUAUGAAAGCAAACUUUUAUUGCCGCGAGAGAACCUUCGCGUGGUUGACGAGGAUGGAAAUGAUGCUGCUGUCGGUCAACCAGGGGAGCUGUGGGUUAAGAGUCAUUUGGCUGCAUCGGGGUAUUACAACAACCCAGAGGCUACAGCAAAGGCAUUUAGGGAAGAUGGAUAUUAUCGGACCGGUGAUUACUUUGUUGUCGAUAACAAUGGCAAUUAUCAAUACCGUGGCAGGAUGUCUGAUCGUAUUAGAGCAAAAGGGAGAACGUUCCCGUCGGCAUUUCUUGAAGAUCUUUGCUAUCAAUACAGCGAUGAUAUAAAAGAAUGUUGUGUUGUUGGUGGAUUCAGCGAACGACUUGGUUGCGAGUUACCAAGGGCAUACGUUGUACUUGUGGAGAAUAGUGAGAAGGAUCAACAAGCGUUUAUCGAUGGGCUUGUGUCGUAUGUCAACAAUCGAGUUCCGCAAGCUGAAAUGGAGCUUUCUGGUGGUGCGAAAUGCCUAAAAAAGUUGCCUUUAACUAAGAGCGAUAAGGUUGAUCGUUACAAGCUACGGGGUAUUGCACAAGAAGAAAUCAACUAA